AUGGGCCGUCGACGCCGGCCUGGUCAAUUACCGCCCAAGCCACGCACGCGGGCAGGCUGCCUGACUUGCCGCUCACGCAAAGUCAAGUGCGAUGAACAACGGCCCACGUGUCACCGAUGCCAGAUUUCCCGGCGACAAUGCGACUAUGGCAGCGAGAUCCGAUGGGAGGAGGACUACGUGUCCAAAGGGCGAGCUUUUGGCCGGGCAGGAGUGUGGUCCAAGUCCGGGUGUUCGUCUUCGUCGACGGCAACCUUCCCCUCAACCUCGGUACCGGCCAUACCAGGUCAAUGGCGACCAGUCCCCGUGCCACCAAUCCACCCGUAUCAUUUCCUCAACUAUUCCGCCCAAACAUUCGAAGAGCCUCUCCGGAUAGACAGACACAACGGCUCCCAGGCGUGGCAGGCUGCUGGCUAUGGCGGAGCGCAUCUACAACGCCUCGCCUCCAGGCUCAAUGCCGCCUUGGAGGCCGACUCAAGCCCAUAUCCGAUCAACUCUUAUUCCACCGCCUUGACCCGGUCACGGUCGCUGCCCCUGAUCCCGCACAUAGUUGACGAAGACCAAUCCAUGCUGUUGAACUACUACGUCCAAAAAUUAUGUCCUCUCACGACCUCGAGCAAGCUGGCACAAUCGCCUUUUGCCAAUCUCAUUCUCCCCUUCACGCUGACGAAUUCCAACACGGGAAUUUUGUCUAUUCUGGCUCUGUCGGCAUGUCAUCGGGCCAAGAAGGAGCCGGCUUGGAGACUGCCAGCGAUGAAACUCAAAGCACAGGUCCUCCAGGAACUACAAAACAGGUUCCACGUUGAAGGACCCGAGAAAGUCGCUGCCAGCUCUGACACGCUGAUCACGAUGGUGGUGCUCUGCUUAUACGAGAUCAUCCAAGACUGCGACAAGGGUUGGGUCGUUCAUCUGAAGGGGGCGCAUGACAUGGUGAGAUUCCGCAAGGAGCUGCAACGCAUUCCAGGUACCGAGGUCGAGGUCAACGACCUGACCGCCUUUGCUGAGAGGUUCUUCGCCUUCCACGACGUGAUCGGCCGGACGGCAUGUGCUCAAGUACCCCUGUUUGGUCGUGACUACUGGAACUUCGGCGAGAAGGUGGUCGAUGUCUGGAUGGGCUGCAGCCCCGAACUGGUUGCGUUGCUCUGCACCAUCACGGAACUGAGUCGAGCGGCGUACGCGGAUCCAACGAUAUCCAUUACCGAUGCAUUUGUGAAUGCCUGUGCCGUGGCCCGGUUCAAGCUGGAAAGUCUCGAGCAAGCGGUGGAGAACGAUCAAGACGAAUUUCUCAUGAUGUCUGCCAGUAUCAAGCGUCUGGCAGCUCUGCUCUAUCUGAACUGUGCGCUGUACAACACCUUACCGACGACGCCACAUGUCAUCUAUCUGGUCGAGCAGAUCAUGCGCCAGGUCGUCGGCUUUAUUGAGAAGGGCUUCAUGACUGGCCUUACCUGGCCCGUGUUUGUCGCUGCCGUCGAGCUAAACAACUAUAAUGACGACUUGUGGAUUGAUGAGCGAUCCGGUCGUCCUGUUCACGGGCGGAAGUUGGUGUUGGAAGUCCUUCAUAUCAUGGAAACUUCGACCGUGUCCAACAUUGAUCGUAUGAGAGCUAUCAUCAGUCAGGUUUGGCAGGCCAGAGACAUGGAAGAGGAUCCUUUCUCGCAGACUGCUGAUAGCCACUAUUCCAGAAAUGAUUGGGAGAAGUAUGUGGUUCCCGUCAGUGAGAAUAUUAGCCUUGUAUGA